AUGGAGGGUGAUCUCAUGACUGAUAGUAGUAAUUACUCCAAUCAGCAACAACCGGUUUCCUUCGACAGCCAUGGGCAAAUUAGUAUCUUGGCCAGUUGCUACAUGACUUCGACUGUCUCAAAGACCGUCAAGGGCUUCCAUUACUGCACUCCCAGCGGGGCAGGAGCACAGUGUCCUCCCCUCAACUCGCCCGCCCUUCCCGUGACGGAAGAUUUCCGGCCGAGACAUAAAGCAUCGCGAAAUAAUAGAGGGGAGGCAGCGCAAACCAUCACAGAAGAGUGUGAGAGGCUCUUCUGCGACACGUUGUCCGCCAUGUUCCUUGGUGAGAGGAACGGCAGACACCGAACGUCGCUAGCGAUGGGUGCGAAUCAAAAUGUCCGGCUGGAAAAUCGGAAACUAGUAUCCCAACGGACCAUCGAAGCUUAUCUUGAACUAUGGGAUUAUGCGAACGAUGCCAUUUACCGCGGGUUUGUUGCCGAUGGUGGUGGUUGUCAGAGAACUUUAUUUGUCUUUCUCGACAGCCAUACGAGCAAUCAUGGCAUCAAGAAUGCAUUGCUUGCUCUUUUCGAAUUGGCCGAAAUGGAGGCCUUUGAGUGCAGUCAAGUUAUUGCUUGUGUGCCGCGCUCAGACGAUGCCUCGGGGCUUGGAACAGAAUCAGUGCGCAUUGAUGAGAUCGAAAUCAAGCAAUCCCCGAUUCCACAUGCCGUUCAGAAGAGAUCUGUCUUCGCUUCCAAUUUUUCCAACUUUUCUUAUACCCUCGUCGCCGUUUCCAAAGCGACAGCAACAUCAACAUGCAGUAGAAGACAAUCAAGACGCUACAGCAGCAGUGAAGAAACUCCAACCUUCUUCGUCUACUUCCGAGACGAAUCGAGCACUGAGAUUGUCGCAUUUGUCCUACAUUCGAUAAUCAGCAAAGGCUUCACAGGUCGACAUGGACGCGCCUACCUAGUCUCGCCUGCACAGCUUACUAUUAGUGGGAAUCAUCAGCAUCUAAAUACCGCAACUAAUAACACACUACCGAAUACAAUCACCCAAAAGGCGGUUUCGCGCCAACUCGUCACUGGCGUCCAUACUGUUGCUGAUAUUAACUGCGUGCUCUGCGGCAGCGUCUUAGGGUGGAAGUACAUUGCAGCAGAGGAAGAAGCGCAGCGAUAUAAAGUUGGCAAAUACAUUCUUGAGGCCAGACGAAUCACGACCUCUUCGUGCUGGGAGUUUGAGGACGAUUUUCUACCUUCACCAUCAUCAUCAUCGCCCCUAUCGGAUGAUUCUUCUCGGUUUUCUUCAUUUUCUGUAGCUGCUGGCAGCGCUAACGACAAUGAAAACGGUAAUGAUUCAAGUUUGGAAUUCGAUAGUCAGGAUGAAGACGAGUGCGAGGAUCUUUUCACGGGUCUUUGGAGUCCGGGCCUUGCGAGACGUCGGAGAAGUCGCAAGAUGGACAGGAAGUAA